AUGCCCGGGGCUUCCCGGCAGCUGAAAUGUUUCGCCGCCGUUUUUACGGGAGGCCCCAACUUGAUUAUUAAUCAGCCCGACGAGCUGCUGGACAGCAUGUCUGAGUGGUGCAAGGAGCAUCACGGGAAGUCUGGCCUUACAAAGGCUGUGAAGGAGAGUAAAAUCUCCUUGCAGCAAGCGGAGUACGAGUUCCUGUCCUUCGUACGGCAGCAGACCCCCCCGGGUCUCUGUCCUCUCGCAGGUAACUCUGUUCAUGCAGAUAAGAAAUUCCUUGACAAAUACAUGCCUCAGUUCAUGAGGCAUCUUCAUUACCGGAUCAUCGAUGUGAGCACUGUCAAAGAGCUUUGCCGACGCUGGUACCCGGAAGAAUACGAGUUUGCACCAAAGAAGGCGGCUUCUCACAGAGCGCUUGAUGACAUCAGGGAAAGCAUCAAAGAGCUUCAGUUCUACAGAGACAGCAUCUUCAAGAGGAAAACGGAUGAAAAGAAAAGGAAACUAAUAGAGAACGGGGAAAGCGAUAAAGCUGCCAGCUGAUUCCUUGUCUGACCUCGCCGUCCCGCAGCACCUCCUAGAUGUGUCUCCUGGUUCUUUUCCGUUGGCCGGUCUCUCGAGAAGCCGCCCCCCUCCGUUACCGUGUUCCUUAACAGCUGUUAAACGCAGACGGGAGCCCGAGUUCCUGCUGCUGCUCUGCCUCAGCAAGGGAUCGACACUCGAGCCUCGGCAGCGUCUCGUGCUAGGUAAAACCGGCUGUUCCGUACUCCUCCUGCUCCGGCCCUAGGCGCAGUCUUUCACUGCACAAUAAAAACAGUUCUGUUGAAA